CUCUCUCGCUAUAUAUAUGUACUUCCGUAAAUCCUGCAAGGCCGCCUCUGUUCACCCAACUAUCUUCACCGGCAAAAUAUCGACGACAUGACUGACCCGGUCUUGAACGACAUUUCCCACAGGCGCUUCAAUCUGUUGCGAGGAAGUUGGAUAUUAGUUUCUCCACACCGGACAAAGCGUCCAUGGCAAGGCAUGCAAGAGUCGCCCUCGAAGACGACACUCCCCGACUAUGACCCAAAGUGCUAUCUAUGUCCGUCAAAUACGCGGGCUAAUGGCGAGCACAACCCCAAGUUUGAGAACACUUUUGUUUUUGUCAACGACUACAGUGCCGUCAUGGAAGAGCAGCAAGAAUAUCGCCCAGACUCCAAAGAUGGUUCCCUUGCUUCCCGCCUGCUCCGCGCUGAAGCCGUUACUGGAAAAUGCUACGUCAUAUGUUUCUCCCCAUCCCACAACCUCACUCUGGCCGACAUGUCACCCGCUCAGAUUGUACCAAUCAUAGAAACCUGGACGAACAUUUAUGUUGCGCACCUGGAUUCAAAAUCACCGCUGGCUAAACUUGCUUCGGCAAUCAACAUUCCACCGCUACCACAGGGUCCUCUUACCCCACCAAGCGCGCAGUACCGGUACAUGCAAAUCUUCGAGAACAAGGGUACGGCAAUGGGCUGUUCUAACCCCCACCCUCAUGGCCAAAUCUGGACAACCACUUCACUUCCUGAAGAGCCCGCGACCGAACUUGUGCAGCUGAGCAAGUACCGUAAAGAAAAUGGCGGUUCCCACAUGUUGGUGGAUUACGCCGAGUUAGAGUCAAAAGAGAAGGCACGUACGGUAUUUGAGAACGAGAGCUUCUGGGCCGGUGUUCCGUACUGGGCCGUCUGGCCGUUUGAGAUUAUGAUUGUCUCGAAGCAGCACAAGCGGUCACUUGUGGAUUUCACAAAAGACGAGCGCGCACAAUUAGCAGAGGCUAUCGCUGAGAUUACAAGGCGGUAUGACAACCUCUUUGAGACGCAGUUCCCGUAUAGCAUGGGACUGCAUCAGGCUCCUCUCACGGGCACGGCCGACGAGAUUGAGUGCAGCCAUUUCCAUAUCCACUUCUAUCCACCACUACUGCGAAGCGCCACAGUCCGCAAGUUCCAAGUCGGCUACGAGAUGAUGGCCGAGCCUCAGCGUGACAUCACGCCUGAGCAAGCAGCAGAGCGCCUGAGGAGUUGUGACGGCGAGCUCUACCGUAGGAGGCUCGAGGCAUCACCCGUAACCAACGGCGUGAACGGCGUAAAUGGCGUAAAUGGCGUCAAUGGUGUAAACGGUAUAAACGGCACCCAUUAGAGCACUUACCCGAAGCAUGCUCCUAAUACCCAGUUUUCUGACUUUUUUUGCGCGCCCGACAACUGCUUAUAUAUUUGCCGUAAGACGCUCUUACGAUGGGAGAAGAUACCCAAGACCCGAGACGAAAGGAAAUGAUGGUCAGAUGAGAGUUGCAUACACCUAGCAUGAGGAAUGUCAAGUUAGACAUUAAGACGUUUUCUUUUCUUUUUACUAGAUACGAAAUCAUACAUUACCCAAACUACCCCAGAA